AUGUCUGGUCUCCUUCAGAACAUAUUCAAGGGUGAUCCCAACGCUCCAUCGACAGCUCCCUCGAGCGGCGAUGACGCAGAUCCAGACUUUGCAGAGUUUGCCUCCGGGAACCCUGAACCACUACCACCCGUCAUACACCCAGCCUCCGCCUCCACACCCGGAGCCGCAGGAACCCCCCAAUCAGCCACCGGAGGGGCCCUUCCCGCCGCUGCCGAUCAUGCCCGGCCAUAUACAGCAUGGUACCGCAUCUGGGAACGCCAUUCGCGGCAGGACUUCGUGCAAGAAGCAUUUGUGAUCCCCUUUAUCGCCUGCCUGCUCCUGCUGCACGUAUGGGGAAUGGGCAAGAACCGACGCAAAGCCAAGAAAUGGGCGCAGGCGCAUCUGCCCAUCCUGCAGAGCGAGUUUGCCGUCGUCGGCUAUGGCGGCGUGGGUGCGCGGCGGGCGCCGUCGGCGGACAACGUGCAGGCGGAAGGGUUGCCGGCGGCAGCUGCGUCGGCCGACCUUGUCGUGCCGGAGUCGGUGCUGAAGGAGAAGACUGGUACGGAGUUCGCGACGUAUGCGACCGGCAGGCAGAAUGUGGCGUUCCUGGAUGUCUCGAUCAAUUUGUUCCGGUGGUAUAACCCGCUCUACAUGCUUGGAGACUCCGUGAUCAGUAUGUUUCUCGACUCGUGGCCCGUGCCGGUUGAGCGGGUGCAGUGCACGGCGUAUGCGUUUGAUGGGAAGGAGAGAGAUCUUGUUCCCGCGCCAUCGGUUGUGGAAAAGGAACUCAUCGAGCAGCGCACGAAGGGCGCGAAUAACUCGAGUUACGAUGGGUUUGUGUUUGCUGUUGUGCACAAGAAUUGCAUGCGUAGGCUGCGUGAGGAUCGCUACGAUAUCUCCUUGACAUUUACGAAGGACAAUCCGAAAUUGCCUGAGUGGGCGACUGUCAUGAGUGAGAGUGCGGAGAUUACGGAGUUGAUGCUUACGACUGAUCUUAUCAAGGCUAUUGAGGAGGCUGGGGAGGAUUUUGAGUACCUGAUCAUUACAGAUCAGCCGCUGGAUAAGCCUACGAAAAUCGACGAAACCACCCCAGGAAAACGCAUCAACCUCUCCCUCUGCCUCCCGAAAUCCAAUUCCUACUCCUCCACCCUCCCCAUAUUCACCUACUUCCUUCGCCUGACUGACCGUGUCGUGUCCACCGCCCACUUUCGCGCCGAAGUCGUGCGCAAACUUCGCAACACGCGCGACGAAGAGGUUCGCAAGCUGCGCCGCGCCCACGAUGAGGAGAAGAAUGAGGAGCGCAAGGCGCUGGUGGAGAAGACGAAGAAGGAAGAGCGCGAUCGGUUAUUGAGGGGGAUGUCAGCGGAGGAGCAGCGAAAGUAUUUGGAGAAGGAGAGGGAGAGGGAGACGAGGAGGGGAAUGAAGAAAUCGGUGAAGAGGGGGUAG